AUGCAACCAGUGUUUAACUUUGCUUUCUAUUUCUUUUUGUCAAGGAUUAUACUUCCAAAAAACGCUCCGCUUCCAGCUGAGCAGGUCAUCUACGAUCGCGAAAAUAACACCAAAAAAGUGAUUACUUAUGAAUCAGACGAUGAUGGUGAAACCUAUAAGGAAACGCGAGAGUAUACAAUUCAGAAGGUUCGAGUUCCCUCAGCCGUUGCUAAACGCAAGGCUUGGAAAAAGUUUGGUGACGCUGCUAAUGAUCCACCCGGACCUAAUCCUGCAUACACCUAUCCGGGUGAAAUCGUUAAUAUUCAGUAUUUGGGCAAUAAGCUCGUGAGUUCAAACUUUCUUGUUUUUAUCCCCUACUUUGUUCAGUCCUGCACCCUUUUUUCCAAAUUUUUGCCGAAAUAUUUGUUCUCUAGUAAAGUUCUGAACUUUGUUUUUAUUUUUUUCGCUUUAGUAUGUGUUGAAUUAUUUAUCAGGUCAAAUCAUCUAGUCACUUAUGUCAACUCUUAG